AUGGAGGACGUCGCGUGGAAGUGUACGACGGCAUUCCUGCUGGGUGCUGUGACGCAUUAUUUCAUCUCAUCGCAUUUGCCGAGUAGCGGCUCGUUAUCCACUAAAGACCAUAAUACAAGCAAUAACAAUGGCAACGAGAAUAAAACGCCCGCCGGAUCUUCCUCUGGAGUGUCACCACGAUCUUCUUCUGACAGCUCCGACGACUGGGAAGGCGCAGAUUCAGCGAGUUGGGUGCCUCACAAAAUGGUCAUGUGUGUACGCACGGACCUAAAAAUGGGCAAAGGUAAAAUCGCUGCACAAUGCUGCCAUGCGACGUUAGGAGCAUACAAACGAGCACUAAAACGGACACCGGAUGCUAUUCGUGCCUGGGAAAUGCUUGGUCAAGCUAAAGUAUGUCUCAAAGUAGACUCGGAGGAAGAAAUGCUUGUUCUGGCUGAGAAGGCAGCGGAACAUGGACUUGUUCACUACAUUGUGAUUGAUGCUGGUCGGACGCAGAUUGCACCGGAUAGUAAGACGGUGUUAAGCAUUGGCCCUGCACCGGUGAAGGCCGUUGAUGAGAUCUCGGGACACCUUAAGCUCAUGUGA